AUGGCUCGAAGUAUCUACAAUCAGGCACCACUGGAAACUCGCUAUCGAACAGCAACAGGUCCCCGAACCACCCCAUUGACCGACCCACAAGGUGCUCGCCUUCCAAGACCAAUCAUUAUUGGGUUUGUGAACGUUCUCUCGAGAGAUGCAGACUCUGUCAUCUUUCAGCCUAGUUGUCGAUACUGGGUCAGAGAUGAAGCUGACGCGCCAGAUGCUUGGUGGCGGGAAGAUCCAGCGGCUUUCGCUUGCUUUAAAACUUCUUUUGCUUAUGAAAUGAUUGGUGAAGAGCAUCCAAGAAUAGUCCCGGUAGUAGGUCAAGAUGCUUGGACAGGACUUCCCUUACUUCGAAAACCGUCAUAUGGCUCGCUUGGUGAUUUCUUUGAGGAAUACGAGUCCAAACUUUACACUGUCGGGACUGAAGCUACAUUGCCUGACUCUCGCAUCAAGCCGGAGUUUCUACCUCUAGCCUACCAGUGGAGCUUGCAGUUGCUAUCAGCCCUCGUGUUGAUACACUCUCAUGAUAUAGCUUAUGGAGAAAUCGAUCAUUCAAGCUGCUGGAUAUCCGCGGAGUCCCUGGAUAUUUCGCUUGCAGGCUUUGUAGGUUCAGACUUCCAUGAUCCAGCAACAGGUUGGUACUGCCCUGGUGGGUUAUAUAACUCCUAUGAGUUUUCACCAGAGUCACUCCCACUAUCGCGGAGGGUGAGUGUGCCAACAAUUGCGACCGAUAUGUUCAUAUUUGGUAGACUGAUAUACUGUAUCAUGACAUCUCAUAUGCCAGGCGAUGGAAUGGGUCGAGAUCCCGGAGAGACUGAACGCUUGAUGGAAAAUGAAGACUGGAUACCUGAUCUUGAGGAUGAGUUUUUGGGGAACAUUCUUCAUAAGUGUUGGCGGUUCGAAUAUGGUACUGUUGAAGAACUACAAGGCGAGGUUCAAGAUCUCAUUGAGUCUUACGGAUGGUCAAUCAAAGGCGACAAACUCGAGGGCUUGGAUAUGGACUACAUCAAACCCCUACUUCAAGACAGUGCUGCCAGUAGUAAGCAGUGA